AUUUAGGUUGGGUGAUAUAGGAAGGGGCUGGGUUAAAUGCCGUGUUUGUAUUUCAUUAGAAACUAAAACAGCAGCUAGUAUCUUAUUGUGAAUGCGCGGUCGUCUGUAGCGAUAGGCUAAAUUGAAAAAAGAAAAUGACAUUCAAUAAAAUGUGGUGGAGUGGAGCCAUCUGCCAAGGCUUUUUAUUGCUCAUUUGCCUUCUUGUCUAUGUUGAAGCAGUGCCUGUAGCUAUAGAUAAAACAAAGAUAAACCCACCAGAGGAACAAAAAGAAGAAAAAGAGAAAGACAAUCCAGAUACUGGACUAUAUUAUGACCGUUACCUCAGGGAAGUCAUUGAUGUUCUGGAGACAGACCAGCAUUUCAGAGAAAAGCUUCAGAACACAGAUAUGGAAGAUAUCAAGGCAGGAAAACUAGCCAAGGAGCUUGAUUUUGUAAGUCAUAAUGUAAGAACAAGGCUGGAUGAAAUGAAAAGGCAGGAAGUGAACAGGUUACGGAGCCUGAUUAAAGCCAAGCAGGAUGUGGAAACUGGAAAAGGCUUGGCUGUGGAUCAUGAAUCCCUGUUGAAACAGUUUGAAUACCUCAACCAUGGGAACCCACAUACCUUUGAGAUUGACGAUUUGAAUAAGCUUAUUACAACGGCAACCAGUGACCUGGAAAACUUCGACAAGGAACACCACGAUGAGUUUAAGAGGUAUGAAAUGAUGAAGGAACACGAAAGAAGAGAAUAUCUAAAGACUCUGGAUGAAGAGAAGAGGAAAGCAGAAGAGCAGCAUUAUGAAGAAAUGAAAAAGAAACAUGCUGACCACCCCAAAGUAAAUCACCCGGGAAGCCAGGACCAGCUGAAGGAAGUCUGGGAGGAAACUGAUGGGCUGGACCCCCUUGACUUUGACCCGAAGACUUUCUUUAAGUUACAUGACUCUAAUGGUGAUGACUUUCUGGAUGAGCAGGAAUUGGAAGCACUGUUUACCAAAGAGCUGGAGAAGAUGUAUGACCCAAAAAAUGAGGAAGAUGACAUGGUGGAGAUGGAGGAAGAGAGGAUCAGAAUGAGGGAACAUGUCAUGAAUGAGGUUGAUGUAAACAAGGAUCGCCUGGUUUCACUAGAAGAGUUUUUAGUUUCAACUGGAAAGAGAGAGUUUUUAGAGCCAGACAGUUGGGAGACUCUGGAGCAGGCUCCAGCUUUUACUGAAGAGGAAAUGAAGGAAUUUGAACAGCACUUGGCUGAACAAGAACAUGACCUAAAAAAUAAAGCAGACAAUCUUAAUAAACAAAGAGAAGAGCUAGAGAGGCAACAGGAGCAGCUUAAUGCCCAGAAAUUAGAACUUCAAAGGGCUGUUGAACAUAUGGAUAAGUUAAAAACCCAACAAGAACACCCUCCCCCAGGAACAAACGAAGAACAGGCUCACGAUGGAGGACACCCUAUAGAAAGUAAACAGCCAUUGUCUCCAGGUCAUCAUGAGGAACAGACUAAACCACAUCAAUAAUCUAUUGUGCCUGUUUUUUGUUUACAUAGCAUAUGUGUGUGUAUGUAUGUAUGUCUGUGUGUAUGUAAAUGGUACACGCACACAAUGUUCAAAUGAUAUACAAUGUUUAAUUUAAUUUGAACAUAAAAAACAUGACGUCUCUACCCGAUUACAACCUGACCAUUUUACGGUUUAAAAUUAUUAUAAUUCAAUAUAAAUGAUUGUGUUUCAACAUUUCACAAAUGGGGUACUGUACCAAAUGCUGAAAAGGACAACACUUACUAUCACAUACGUAAGUAUCCAAGCUUUCAUUUCAGAGUGUGCUGUCUGGUGAAAGCACAAUCGGGUCCAUACGGGUUGUUUUCUCAUUUUGCAGAGCUCAUGUGGUGUAAUAUAUUUUUAAUUUCUGUUUCUAAGCUGUUAAUUUUAGAUGCUCACAUUAUAUUUUUAUUUUAUUUUCAUUGGAGAGCCUAUAAUUUGAUUUUCAGCUUGUGUUUUUUUUAAUAAUUCCGAAUUGAAUAAUGCAAAGUAUGCCACUCAACUUUUUACCUUUUUAUCAUGGUAAACCUUUUGUGCAAAUAAAUAAAGAAUACAGACCUUCAAACUGCACAA